CGUUGUUUGAACAACUAUUUUCAGUACGAGUCCAACAUGAUGAUGCAACAACGUCUACGCUACCAAUUGAACUCCGCGGAACUGCAAGCACUUGAUUUGGUCCAAGAAGCAUUCAAAGGCAUGAAUGACCCCAUGGAACAAGGACGUCAGAAAAUGUCAUUUUUGAAGAACGAGAAAUCACCUGCGGACAUAAUGAACAUCAUGGAUGUGACGAUGCGUCGAUUCGUGAAAAUGGCCAAGAAGCUACCGGCUUUCAACGAACUCAGCCAGGAUGGUAAAUUCGCGCUAUUGAAAGGUAGCAUGAUCGAAAUGCUGACGGUUCGCGGUGUUCGUCGUUUCGAUAGCAGCUCGGGUGCGUGGACGACGCCAACUUUGAAGGAGAGCUGUGAGGUGUCCAUCAACAUGUUCGAUCAGCUCAACGCCGAUGUUCGAUCUGAGCAGAAAAUGCGCUUCCUACAGUUCUUCAAAAUCUUCCACGAGGAUAUCCGAAGCAACGAGCUGGUCAUCUCCAUGAUCAUGUUGAUUGUGCUAUUCUCGCCAAGGGACUGUAUAACGGAUCCUGAGGAUCGUCGGAUCAUAGCAAGGCACCACGAGCAGUACUGCGCCCUUCUGAACAGGUAUUUGGAGUCAUUGUACGGUGAUGAUGCUCACAAGUUGAACGAGCAACUUCCAACAGCUCUUCGUAUGUUACGUGAGAUAUCGGCAUCAUGUGGUGUACUGUUUUUGGGCACGGUGAACACGAGCGAGGCUGAACCGCUACCUCGUGAGUUCUUCAAAGUCGAAUAG